AUGACAGAUAGCCACCCAGGCCAGCGACAGCAGCAGAGGCAAACGUCUUCACCCGAUAAGACCGCUUAUGCAGUGGCAGAGGAAAAGAAGAUUCAGCCUUUUAUAGUUAAUGCAUUUCUCUGGCACCUCGCGCGCGUCUCGGGGGAGGCUCCGCCGAGAGGCGCCCGGGAAGCCCGCAACCUCAGUCCUGCCGCCGGAGGAGCUUUGUGCGGCGGCGGCUCCGAGUCCCACCUGCUGGCGGCGGAGAGACAAGGAAGGGGAAGAAGGAGGAGGAGGGGAAAGAGGCGGCGGCGCCAGCCCAUUCCUCUCGCCGGCGCCCACUCCCGGGGGCUCCGCAGCCCCCAGCUCUCGGCCUGCACCGGCCCUUCGCCCCCGGCCCGGCCCAGCCUCCCGGCCACACCGCGGCAGCCGCCGCUGCAGCCCCCAGCCCUGCCCGGCGGGGCCCGGCCCGGCCGCGGCCGCCGCCGCCGCCGCCGCCGCCCGGAGCCGCCGGCGAGUUUGAGGGGAGCGCUGGGCGCACGGCGCCGCCUCGAAGUGCCCGGGAGCCGCCUCGGCGCCCCAGCUCCGCUGAACAGCCCCGGCGAGGCUGCCCGAGAGGACGAGCGAGGAGGCGCGGCGAGCCCCGGAGAAAGGGAGCCAGCGAGAAAGAGCGAGCCCAAGAGCGAGCGCAGGGAGCGACACCAUGCCCGGCUGGAAGAAGAAUAUCCCCAUCUGCUUGCAGGCGGAGGAGCAGGAGAGAGGAAGAAGAUUGCUGUCUGGUUUGAACUGGAAUUUCUCGCUGUGUCCCACUGGAGGUAUAUCAUAGUCUGCUCUUCUCACUCCUCUGUCUCAGGAAACAUGGAGGGAUUCUCUUAG